AAGGAGAAAAUUGGUGAAAUAAAAAAAGAGAAUGUAGAACUUUUCAAAAAGAGCAGCCUUCGUGAUUCCAAUCGUAAACGUCAUCUGAUGCGUCGAAAACCUGAUCCAGAUAGUGCAGCUGCAUUGCCUAAACGCGAUACUGAUCUAGAAGAAGAAGAUGAUUUUCUCUACACAAAAGACAAAAUAGCUCGAAAAUAUGGAGAUUUACCGGGCGAUAUGAUACUGCUUAAGCUAGAUAAAGUACCGUGUGGUGGCCUAGGAUUAUCGCUUGCUGGAAACCACGACCAUAACCGGAUGAAUGUGUUUGUAGUUGCAGUGCGAUCAACUUGUCCUUUAUCUGUAAAAAUCGGUGAUGAACUAUUUGAGGUGAAUGGAAAGGUGCUUAUCGGUUUGACGCAUCUGAAUGCUUCCGCGAUCAUCCGUGAAUGCUGUGAAGACGGAAUUUUAGAGCUGUUGCUACUGAGAAGGUUCGAGACCAUGGUAAUUCUUUCACAAUUUUUAAUGCUUCCACAAAUUUGUUUGUAG